AUGGCGAGUGAACCCCUGUUCCAGUGGUACGAGGAGUAUGCCGAGAAGGAGAAUGUGCGCAAAGAUGCCAUUCGCGAGGUGACCAAGGAGUUGGAGAUGAUCCAGCGUAACAUGGACCGCCAGCUGCAGCAAUGCCAUGCCCGCAAGCCUACCGAGAUGCAAGAUGUGUACGAGAGCGUGCGCAGCAUGUUUACCGACGUCAAGGGCCUCUACGCGCGCCUCGCCGACACUCUGCAUGGGGAGGAGUACUACCGGUAUCAUGGCCUGUGGCGUCAAGUGACACAAAACUUGGUGUUUAUGGCUGCGCUCUGGACAUAUCUUGAGCAAGACCGCAUUCUGCAGCUUGAGGAAUUUGCCAACCUCGUCGGUGCCAAACCCCAGGGCGAAGGCUUCCACGUCGACCUUGAGGACUUUUUGCACGGCAUCUGCUCUCUUCCCUCGGAACUGGCCCGUCUGGCCACCAACUGCGUAACCAUGGGGGAUUUUGUUCGCCCCACUCGCAUCAAUGCCUUUGUGGCCGACGUCUACAACGGCUUUCGUCUCCUCAACCUCAAGAAUGACAGCCUGCGCAAACGGUUCGAUUCACUCAAGUACGAUGUCAAGAAGACUGAGGGUGUGAUUUAUGAUCUCAGUAUCCGCGGUUUGAUUCCCAAGGAGUAG